UCUGUGAGAGGAAAGAGAGUGCUGCUCUGAACGCUCCUCACAUUUUCAACAGGCUGCGCAGGGGACAGGAUCUAAGAGAACAGGAAUCCCUGUGUGUGUGUUUCUGUGUCUGUGUGUGUGUGUGUGUCCGAGAGUGAAUGAGUGGAAAAGGAGUACAUAAAUCUGUCUUAUAGAAACAUCCACGCUGGCCAUUGGGCUCAGGACUGGAAGAUACAGAGAGGUUAUUCUGAGGAAGAAGAGGAGCUACACUGUCACAUAUUUUAUCUGAUUAAAAGGGGAAGAAGAGGAGAAAGGAGACAUGUCACGUGCAAUCCCGAGAAGAAACACCAGCAAGCAAGGUUUGCAGAACCUCUUGAAAAUCACCACCCAAAGGAGCGUUGAGGAUGCAGAGGAGGUGGAGCGAGAGCGUCGGCGGAGGGCCCGGGAGUCCUUCCGCAGUAUGGGCAGCAGCAGCACCUCGGACCCUGGAGGACUUUCACUAGACAAUGUGGUCCUGGCUGAGGACGGCCUGUAUGAGAGUGAUCUGAAGCCUAGCAGCAGCUCUCCUUCUAUGGAGGAGGACGAGGGCUUCAGUGACUGGACCCAGCGGUUGGAGAGACGCCGGCAGCAGGCCCAGCGCAUGGAGGAGCUCAGUCAGGCCCCAGAGGAGCAGGACCAGAGGCCCCUGAACGGUGCCGCAAAGGCCCCCACACCACAUACCCUCUCUGCCUCAGCCACUCCCACCACAUCCACCUCUCGUCUGCAGAGACAACACAAGGCAGAAGCGGAGGAUGAGGAAGAGAAGAAGUUGGUAAGAAAGGAAAGUGAGAGGAAAAGGAGGGAGCGAGAGGAGGUGGUGAGAGAAGAGAGGGUGCAAAAGGAGAGGGAGAGAGAAGAGGAGGGAGCGAAACAGAGGCAGGAGAAGAUGAGGGUGCUCAAGAAGAGAGAGGAGGACCAAAGACCAGAUGCUAAGGAGAUGUUCCAGUUGAAGGAGAAGAGAAAAGAUGUGAAGGUCUCCUACACAUCCCAAGUCGUCCUGCAGACGGAGGCAAAGCAUGCUAACACCAACGGAGACACCGUUGGGGAGGAAAUGACUUCAUAUAUGGCCAAAACCAAAUUAAGAGCUCCCAGGGCUGUGGUACAAGUGGCAGGGGUCGAGGCUGAGGAGGAGGCGGAGGCCAUCUUAGAGGCCAAGCUGGUGAAGAUCCGGCGUAGCCAAGCAGAGAAGGAGAACCAGGAGCUUGAGCAGCUCAGACACAAGCAGGCUGAGGCCGAGCAGGAUCUGGAGGAGCUGAAGAGGAGGAGGGAGGAGAGACGCCAGGUCAGGGAGGGGGAGGAGCGCAGGAGCAGGGAGGAGGAGCAGCAGCGCCUGGCCAAGGAGGAGGAAGAAAAGAGGAGGAUGAAGGAGGACAUAGAGAGGAGGAGGAUGGAGGCAGCAGAGAGGAUGAAGAGCCUCAGUACCUCCAGUGUGGACGGAGAUGAGUUGUUUAGCCCGCUCAAUCCUAAAGGCUCCAUCUACAAGAUCACAGAAAGAACAGAAUCCUUGAACCGGUCCCUAAAGAAAAGCAACAGCUUCAAGAAGACACAGCCCCCUGUUCUCCUCGCCAAGAUCGAUGACAGGCUGGAGCAGUACACCCACGCCAUUGAGUACUCCCAGGAGGCCAAGGCAGCCAAACAGGGCCUGAUGGACAUCCCCAUGUCACCUGAGGCAGUGUCCUCCAAGAAGCACUUGUUUGAGGCUGGAGAGGCUUGGAACCAGAGCCCGUCCAAAGGCACACCAUCCAAGAAUGCUGAGGGUCUGAAGGUGGGUGUGGCAGACCUGAUCACCCAGUGGGUGAAGGGGAACCCAGAUGGCACAAGCAGGAACUCGCCCCCGAGACCAGCUGAUGUAAAAGCUGGUGACGUGAUGCAGAAAAAGAACAUGUGGGAGAUCAUUGGAGAAACAUCCCCUGGGAGAUUAGGGGCAAAGGGCAAUCCAUCUGGUAAAAGGUACAAAUUUGUGAUGACUGCUCAUGGCAAGUAUGCGAAGAUUCCUGUUGAUGAUGAUGAAUAUAUGGAUGAAUACACCAAUGGAAAAGCAGACCUACCCCAUGGUGAAUAUUGAAAAACAUGUGUUGGUGGCAAAGACUUUCUUCUCAAGACGGUAUGAACUUCAACAACACCGUUUGCUUGUCAGCCAACCCUGUGAUGAUAUCCUGAAGUAGCAUACCUUUAUACCUUUCCUACCACCUUAAGUAGGUAACUUUAGAAAUGUUUUAAAAAUGGUUAGCCGUUGCUUUGUUUUGUGUGUCUGUAUAUUCAGUUUGUACAAAGCAAUGAGAACUCCCCAAUUCCAUUUCAUCUCCAGACAUGUACAGAACAUCUGCUGUUUCCGUGACAUAGACUGACCAGAUGAAUCCAGGUGAAAGCUAUGACCCCUUAUUGAUGUCACUUGUUUAAGCCACUUCCAUGGGUGUAGAUUAAGGGGAGGAGACACAUUAAAGAAGGAUUUUUAAGCCUUAAGACAAUUUAGACAUGUAUUGUGUGUGUGCCAUUCACGCACCGGUGAGUGUCAAGAACUGCAACGUUCCUGUGUUUUUCACGCUCAACAGUUUCUGGUGUGUAUCAAGAAUGGUCCACCACCCAAAGGACAUCCAGCCAACUUGACACAACUGUGGGCAGCAUUGGAGUCAACAUGGGCCAGCAUCCCUGUGGAACGCUUUUGACACCUUAUAGAGUCCAUGCCCUGACAAAUUGAGAAAGUUCUGAGGGCAAAAGUGUGUGUGUGGAGAGGGAUUAAUAUUAGGAAGGUGUCCUUAAUGUUUUGUACACUCGGUCUAUAUUUGGUUUCUUGUCAAAAGUAUAUGCCACAUAUGUUUAUGUAUAUACAGUAUGAAUGUUUGUUUUUUACUCAAUGGUUGUUUCUCUUCUUUGUUUAUGCCAUUGAAAAGUAUUAGGUGAAUGCAUUUACAUGUAUGUUGGAAAUUAUGCAGAAAGGAACAUAAAACCCAAGCUUAGAAUAUUAAAUGGUAACUCUUUGUCAUAUUUCCAGGUUUGGGAAGUUUAGUCACUGAGCCCGUUAUUUGUAAUAUCAUGUUUUAAAAAAUGUGUUUUUCUUCUGGCAUUUAUUUGAGCACAGAGAUUAUCCAGACAUCAGCCUGAAUAAGGUGUUAAACACUAGGCUACACUGGCUUUUAAGCGAUUCAUCUCUUUUUUUUUUUCAUGCAUAAAAUUCUGCAUUGAAAUGCCAAAUAGUUUUGAGGUAACUGGAUAACCUGGUAAGAGAACAUUGCUUGUCUGUCGUAUUAUUUCCACUUUAUUUCACACACACUAACAUUUCAUCCUGCCAUUUAACCAUGAUUCUGUUUCCAGUGAUGCACACUGGGGUUUUUCACAUCCUUACUUAUGCUACUAAUGUGACAAUAUUGUGAUUACUGCUUUUUUUGUGUUACAACUUUCUUUACCUUAAACCUAUUUGUUUCUGACAUGAAAUAAAGCAUUUUAUACGAUGAUGUA